AUGAAAGGCAACGGCUACGGAGCACAAGCUGGAGGAUAUGAUGGACAAGGAACUAAAGGCAAUGGUUAUGGUGCUGCUGCUGCUGCACAUAAAGGACUUGGAACAAAAGGCAAUGGAUAUGGUGUCCAAGCCGGCCCAACCAACGGACAACAAAUGAAAGGCAACGGCUACGGAGCACAAGCUGGCGGAUAUGGCGGACAAGGAACUAAAGGCAAUGGUUAUGGCGCUGCUGCUGCUGCACAUAAAGGACUUGGAACAAAAGGCAACGGAGGAAAUCCAGCAAUAUUGCCCAUUGGAAACGGCGGAUAUGGUGUUCAAGCCGGCCCAACCAACGGACAACAAAUGAAAGGCAACGGUCAUGGCGUUGCUGCUGCUGCACAUAAAGGACCUGGAACAAAAGGCAACGGUCAAGGAGCCGCAGUUUGGCCAUCCAGCAGCAAAGGGCCAAGACCGAAUGGACAAGAGGAAGCUGGAAGUAAACCUAUGAAAGGAUAUGGCCGACCACCUUACGGGGCAGGUCCAGGUGUGGGGAUGGGAGCCUCCAGAGGUCUGGGAGUACCUCAGCUUGCCAGGAACCAAGCAUAUGGCCGUAAUGGUCAUAAUGGUUAUGGUGCUCAACCCAUGGGAGGUUACAAUGGUGGUUAUGGCAGUGCUGGUUUGGGUCUAGGACCUCGGUAUAGAAAUGGAGGAAUGAAGGGACCAAAGCAAGGGUAUGGCAAUAUUCCAAGUGGGUAUGGUUCCAAACCCAAUGGAAAUGGAGCCACCAGAGGAGGUGCAAUGAGACCCCAACCAGGUUAUGGAAAUGGAGCUGUUCCCAAUGGAUAUGGAGCUAAACCCAAUGGUUAUGGAGCAGCAGCCGGAGCGGGAGCUGGUGUUCCCAACAUCUAUGGAACCAAACCCAAUGGUGGUAAUGGUAUUACAAAUGGUGCUGCACUCGGUGGGUAUGGAAAUAAACUCAAUGGCUAUGGUGUUACUGCUGGAGUAUCUAACGGACAGUUGGCAGCCAAUACAGAUUACGGCAUGAUACCAAAUGAGAAGGGUAUGAAGGGUGCAGGUGUGUCCUAUGAAAAGGGCCUAAAAGGUGGAGUUCUCUCUUCUGAGCAGACGAGUGCAACACCAGAGGAGGGUGUCGUACCUCAACAAGCAAUAACUCGAGGUGCAGCACCGGUUGCCCCUGAGCCCACGAGUGGCAUCCUGGUUAUGGUGACACAAGAGAAAUAUCAAAAGCUGCCUUCACCUGUGCCUCAAGGAAAAAGCUAUAAACAGACACCACUAAUCCCUCAGGCUACACCAGAACCAGCACCAGCAAUUCCUCAAGCCAGAGACCCAAUGCCUGCACCUGAACUCACACCAGAGCCAGCACCCAUCGGACCACAGGGCAAGGGUCCAAAGGCAGCCACAUCUGGACCUGCACCAGACGUUCCUCAGACUAUCCCAGCACAAGAGCCGGCAGUAGUCCUCCCUCAAGAGAAUGGAGGAGGACCUUCGAUCUCCAAGGGACAGGGAGCUAAAGCAGCCAAACCUGACUGUAGACCAUCAGGAGUACCAAAUGGACAAUGGAUGAAAAUACCUAGACCUGGUUAUAAUGAAGGUGCUGGAGCAUCCACUGGCACUAACACAAAAGGAAAGGAUGCCAGCAAAGGGGGAUUAACAAACGGAGGAGGAGCUAAAGCAAGCAAACCAGGUUAUGAAGCAGGAGGCUAUGCUGUCCCUGGACUCAGCAAUGGAUAUGGAGAUGGCCUUGGAUAUCCUUAUACAGGGAAACCUCAGCAACCUGGUUACCAAGGAGCGUACCUUGGUGCUGGAUAUGGACAUUCAUAUGGAGGAAAUACAGGCCUGGGUGAAACAAGCAAGUCCAAAUCAGGGAAUGGAAAUGGCUAUAGUGCUGGUGUACAGCCGGACUAUGCAAGUUUUGGCCAAGGUGGAUCCGCUGCUAAUGGCAAAUCAGGUGGCGCCAGACAGAUUCCUUACAAUGGAGCUCCAGUGGUUCCCGUGGGACUAGAUGGUGUGAGCCAGUUUGAACCUCAGUCUGCUGGCCUUGCUCCAAAUGGAAAACUGAGCAGCAUGUAUGGUGGAAUGGGCGACUUGCCUUUUGGCGGUCAGCCGCUGGGAAUGGGCUCAGAGAAAUUGAACACCAAGUACGGCAUUGGUGGGUUGCAAUUUGGUGGACAACCCCUCAGUACAGGGACUAAUGGCGCAGGACAUUAUGGAUAUGGUGGAAGCCCCUAUGGUGACAGCAAAUCAUCUAGAAAAUAUGGAUAUGGUGGUUUCCCCACUGGUGGGCUGCUUCUUGGUCUUGGCAAAAAUGGAAAUACAGCUGGCAAAUAUGGUUAUGGAAGAAUGCCUUAUGAAGCUCAGCCAGCUGGACUGGGCCCUGAAGCCAAAUCUACUGGCACGUAUGAUCUUGCCGGGUCACCAUAUCAGCCUGAACCUCUUGGACUUGCACAGAAUGGCAAAUAUGGUGGUGGUGACGUUCCCUAUGCACCACAAGCUCUUGGUUUUGGGAGUGAAGCAAAAUCUUCUGGGAUAUAUGAUAACCAUGGACGAUUCCAAUCCCAGCCUCUUGAAUCUGUAUCUGAAGGCAGAGCUGGUGGAGAAUUUGAUACAGCUGGUUUACCUUAUGACCCCUUGCCUCUUGAGCCAGAUACAGCUGGAAAAUCCUAUGUGAAGGGAGAAGUACCAACUCCAGCAAUUGAAGUCGAAGGCGAGGGGAUGCCCAUUGAUAGAUACAAUAACGUGGGCUAUAUAAAUGGACAAGUGAAGCCAGAAGUUGUUGCAUUUCCUGCAGCUCCCACUCACAGCUCCUCCCUGGCCUACCCCUCUGUCCCAUCCUACCUGCCUGUGGAGUCCUCCUUCACACCCGAUGUGGUGCUGGAAGCAGGAGGUGAGGACCUGUCCGAUCCCACGGGCACUGCUAGGCUCGCCUUUGACUCUGCGCCUGCUACAGAAAGGCAGGGUGGGGCUCAAGUGCCUGAAGAACCUGAUGAUCUGCUUCAGCAGCAGCUGCCACGUCAGAUACACAUUCAGCAGCAUCUCAAACUGCAUUUUCAUCAACAAGACAAGUCUGGGCGAGGAGCAAAGAAUGGCAAAUAUGAUGUGAAUGGCUUCUUUGGAAAUAGUGGCUAUCAAGGUUAACACUGCUGACAACGACAAGUAUAAUCUUCAUUUCUGCCGUUGUAUAUUAUUUUUGACUGUUCACUAUUUUUAUAAUUUACUUCUGUCUAAAAGUGAUGUUUUUUGUGUUUGUAAGUCUAGCGAUAAAACAACAUUUAAACAUUUUGAGUUGUUAGGUUUUCUGUUUAUGUAUAUUUUUAAUCUGCCUUACCUUGUCCUGCACUUACUGUUCACUGUACAUGCAAACAAUUGGUUGCUGGAGUUUGUGUCAUGCAUACGGUCAGUGUUUUUGAUUGAAUCAGUCAGUUUUUCUGACGUUAUCAACUCUAAUUAAUCCUGUAAAACGUAAUUCAGUCUAAUUUAUUUUGCAUGGGAAAGGGUUUUUUACUACUUGUAGCAAUCAUGAGUUUAUUAUUGUACAGUAUCUUAUUGAAUAAAACCAUCAAUAAACACCAACAGUGGAAA